ACAGCAUUGAUAAAAUGAAUUUAUUUGACAUGUAUAGGGUGAUGUCCUGUGCGUUUGCGUUAUUGGUAAUGGUAUCUGACGAACGUUUUCAGAUUUACCGCUUGAUAACCGCCGUGCCUUGUACACGAGCUUUGGUUAAAUUACGCUGACAUUGAUGGGUAGCAUAGUUGCUUAGCUUUUAGCAUAAUGCUAGCGCUGUCGUUACUAUAGCACUUUGCAAAUAUGAUGCUAAGUUAACCAUUAGCUCGCAGCUUUAUCCUAGCACUGCAGAUAUCAACACAGCGGCGUGAAUGCAGCUUGUUUACUACGCUUCUGCACUCAUUGUCUACUUUUUGAGAGGUCAUCCAAUUAGUAGGUGUCCGGUGAACUUUACCAAAGCUGACUGUGAGAUUAGGUUAGUUGUCAGAUUGACGUUUGGAAAUGUUUUUGUUUUUGUUUUUUUCAGCUGAGCUAGCCAGUCUAGACAGUUCAUCAUCGUCAUUACCAACACCAUCACCGGGACAGAUGUUUAUCGGUGUUGUUUAGUGGGCAAUUUCGGCUGAACUGUAGCGUUUGUCCUUCCAAAAUAGCGGCUUGUGAGACUUUUUUGGGACCAUUUAGCCAAGUUCUUCAUGCAUAUUUUAGUGCUGUGGGUUACAUGUAAUGUUAUGCUCCCAUCAGCCAACACUUCUCCAAGGUGACACUUAAAUAUUCAUGCUUUCAUGGCAUAGCAGUUAACAGUGUAAGAUCCUAGCGCAGUGUUAACCUUUCUCCUGUCUCUUUGUCACCUCUCUCAGUUUAAUCAUUGAAUAUUUAGCUGGGAUCCAUUUAAAGCUUGAAUUGUGUGUUGUGUAUUUUGGUCUAGGUGAUUUUCCUCAGUACAGUGAAGGCAGUUUUGUCUUCCCUUGUGGGUUUCUAGGAGUCUUGCCGAGCCCUUGGUGAAUGGCAGAGUUUUCCUGUGAGCACGGAGGGAUCUGAGUGAAGGCUGAAGAUGGUCUGAUGGACCGCCGCUUCUUGCUGACCCUCCUCUUCUGCUCAGUAUCGUGGAUCUUCUUCUGGGAAGUGCGCUGGAAGAAAGGCAAAGAGAGUCAGAUUGAGGAAUGGCUCCAAGGACAUAGCCUCUCCGAAUACAGGCACCUAUUUGAAGAUGUACAGACACUGGAGGAACUGAGUCUGAGUGUCCUCAGUCGUCUGGAAGAGGUGGUGAAGGAACAGCAGCGCUGGAGGGAAAUUGCAGAGGCCCACAUCCAGCUGCUCCGAGACUUUGCCUUCCAGGAGUGGCUUUGCUCCCAGAGUCUGGAGCACUACUACCACACACUGAAGACUCUGGGUUGUAUGAAUCUGGAUGAUCUAGCCCAGUUUGACAGUCAGCUGCAGCUGUCUCUGGCUGCCUGGGGCUACUACUACGAAGAUUACAUAAAGCUGUCUACGGGCGUCAAGGUCCUCCAGACCUCCAGGGGGAGCCGCGAUCAGGACUACGAGAUUCGGCUGGUGCACAGCCUUGCUGAGAGACGUCUGAAUGAAAAGUGGUCAUUUGCGGGAGCUCUCAUAUUUGGCUGUACUGUGGCGCUGUGCUUCUUGAUAAGGGACCUCAUGUUUUACGUGAUUGGUGGAAUUACUGUUUCCAUCAUAGCGUUUGUCUUUACCAUCAAGUUCCUCUGCGAGCUUGCAGCAAGGGUGGUCAGCUUCCUCCAGAAUGAGGACCCAGGGCGACGCGGUGACCGUAGCAUCUAUGAUUAUGUCCGGGGCAACUACCUGGACCCACGUUCCUGCAAGGUGUCCUGGGAUUGGAAGGACCCACAGGAAGUGGGCCAGACCAUGAGCUUCAGAGUGCAGCUGUUCUACAAGAAUGGCCAGCCUUUCCCGGCCCAUCGGCCUGUCGGGUUGCGGGUCAACAUCACCCACAUCGAGCUGGCUCUGGACAUCCCUGUUACACAGGAGGUCCUGCAAGAGCCAGAGUCCAAUGUAGUCAAAGUUGCCUUCACAGUACGCAAGGCCGGACGUUAUGAAGUAGCCGUCAAACUUGGGGGCCUCAAUGUGGCCUACAGCCCCUAUUACAAAAUAUUUCAGCCAGGUACAGUGGUCCCAUCCAAAACCAAGAUAGCCUACCACUUUUCCACCCUGGUCCUAACUAAUGGCCAGCAGCACACUCUGCAGAUUGAGCCCAGGGACGAGUACGGAAAUCCCACAAGCAACUCCACUUCCCUUAUAGAUGAGGCCAACUACAGUGUCCACGUCCAUUCUCUGGGCACAGUGGAUGAUGACAGCCUAGAGGAGUACUACAGUAAGUCAGUCUCAUCAAACAAGCAGCAGUGCCAGGUUCUGCUGAGACUGACCCUGAGGAAGAGGGGCUGUUUCAGGGCCCGCAUCUCCUACAAGGACCUGCCGCUCAGCAACGGGGAAUUUGACAUUAUCGUUCUCAGUGAGAAUGAGAAGAACUGUGUGGAGAAGAAUGUGUCCAAUCCAGGCAUCAGCAUUUACUUCGAGGCAUACCUCUACAGCAGUGGGAACUACAGCAGCUCCUCCUGGCAACUCCCAGCCUCGUCCCUGCUGGCUCCCCAGAGGAGACCCUCCAUGGGAGACGAGGAGGAAGAGCACGACUCUCCCGUGGAGGGACAGCCUGAGAAGGUCAAGAAACCAAAAAAGGUGUACUGUUACAUAUCGCCAAAGCAACUAUCCGUGAAGGAGUUCUACCUGAAAAUUAUUCCGUGGCGCCUUUUCACCUUUCGAGUCUGUCCAGGCACCAAGUUCACCUACCAUGGUCCUGACCCCAUUCACAAGUACCUGACCCUAGUGGUGGAUGAUGGGAUACAGCCUCCUGUGGAGCUCAGCUGCAAAGACAGGAACAUCAUGGCUGCCACCUUCAUUCGCUUCCUGCACAAGAACAUUGGUGGUUCAGAAACGUUCCAAGACAAGGUGAGCUUCUUCCAACGUGAACUCAGGCACAUCCACUCCAAGAGACCUCGCACCAAGACCUGCCUAAAAAUCACACGCCACUCCAUUCUAGAUUCAUCCCUAAAGGCUACAAGGAACUUCUCAGUAUCAGACUGGAGUAAGAACUUUGAGGUGGUGUUUCAGGAUGAGGAAGCUCUGGACUGGGGAGGGCCUCGAAGGGAGUGGUUUGAGCUGAUUUGUAAAACCCUGUUUGACACCUCCAAUCAGCUUUUCACACGCUUCAGUGACAACAACCAGGGCCUCGUGCACCCGAAUGCUGACCGGCCACCCCACCUGCGUCUGAAGAUGUAUGAGUUUGCGGGCCGUGUUGUAGGCAAGUGCCUUUAUGAGUCUGCUCUGGGUGGGGCCUACAAACAGCUGGUCCGGGCUCGCUUUACACGUUCCUUCCUGGCCCAGAUCAUUGGCCUCAGGAUGAACUACAAGUACUUUGAGACGGACGACCAGGAGUUCUACAAAACUAAAGUCUGCUUCAUCCUAAACAAUGACGUGAGUGAAAUGGACCUGGUGUUUGCUGAGGAGAAGUACAGCAAGUCGGGGCAGCUGGAGAAGGUGGUGGAGCUGAUAUCAGGAGGAGCGCAGAUUGCUGUCACCAACGAGAACAAGAUGCAUUAUCUCAACCUGCUGGCCCAGUACAGGCUGGCCAGCCAGGUGAGAGAUGAGGUGGAACACUUUCUGAAAGGUUUGAACGAACUGGUUCCAGAAAACCUGCUAGCCAUAUUUGAUGAGAAUGAGUUGGAGCUGUUGAUGUGUGGCACUGGAGAUAUAAAUGUACAGGACUUCAAGGCCCAUGCUGUGAUAGUUGGGGGAUCAUGGCACUUCAGAGAGAAAGUAAUGAAAUGGUUCUGGGCAGUGGUGUCCAGUUUCACUCAGGAGGAGCUGGCUCGUCUCCUGCAGUUCACCACAGGCUCCUCCCAGCUUCCCCCUGGGGGCUUCAACACCCUCUGCCCCUCCUUCCAGAUCAUUGCUGCCCCCACACACAGCACCUUGCCCACUGCACACACCUGUUUUAACCAGCUGUGCCUCCCUACCUACGACUCCUACGAGGAGCUGCACAAGAUGCUGAAGCUGGCCAUCAGUGAGGGCAGCGAGGGCUUCGGCAUGCUCUGAGUCUCCACUGUCGACACUGUGGUUCCACGAAGACAAGAGGAGAUCAGCACGGCCUGCUCCAGUGCCCCGGUUCCCCCAUGGCACCUUGUUCAUCUGCACUGAACAGCGGGCAUCUCUCAGAGAAUCACCCAGGCUCCCCAUAAUUCUCUUUCAGGACGAGAGGGCAUUACUGGAAGUCCCAGAAGGCUGUGCUGGAAUCGGGACAUGCUCAGAUGAAUUCUAGUGCUAUGUAUAUACAGUAUUUCGCUUUUGUAUAAAGGAAACCGUGAACUGCUGAAAAAGGCUAGGUUUGGGCUAAUUUUAUUUCCUGAUGCUAAAGUUGCUUAGUUUUAUACAUUUGAGAGACAAAAUGGCGCUAGUGCAAGGGCCUUGAGUAUUACUGUAUAAUUGCUUUUUUUUCCCUUUUUUUUCUUCUCUUUUCUUAUUCUUUGCAUUUUUGCAAGCUGAGGAUCACUUAAGUGCAACGGCAGCCCACAUGUGAUGAGGAUGAGCUGCACAUCUACAGCACUUUGGCCUUAAUCGAUCAGGGACUGAUGUGUGUAUGUAAAUAUAUAAAAUAUCACUUUUAUUUCAAUGCUUGUACAUACUUGUGUAUAUAUAGGUUUACAUCAUUUACCUUUUUGAUUUGACAUUUAAAGAGAAGGGACUUAAUAUUGAUUUCUUUAUUGUUAUACGUUUGAUGGGUUGAGAAUUUCUAUUAUAUUAUAAUUUCUAUAAAUAUUUUGUCUUGUCAGAGUCGGGUGGGUUUUAAAAGAAGCCAAGUGAUUCCUGUUGUUUAUAUGUGUUUUAACUUAUUGUGUCCUGAAAGAAACUUCUGUUGACCCAUUCCGUCGGAGGUAUGUUGAUUGUCCGGAGCGGUAAUUGUUUUUGUUACGUUUCAUAACCUGCCUUAUUCAUGCCCUUUGCCUCUGAUUGUAUCCAGAGAGGUGCAUAGUUGAAAGAAGCGUAGUCAGCUGAUAAUAGUAAUAAUAUGAUCUUUUUAUUCCUACACGUACACGCAGGGGUCUGAUGUAUCAACUGGAUGUGGAUGUCUGGGACAGCCCAGUGCACACAGCUUUGUCAUAAAUGUGGUGCACUGUUUACUCUUAGUUUUCAUUCACAGCCUUUUAUGGGUUUACCUCAGAAUCUCCUAUGCCACCUAUGCAUCCUCUAACACAGGUGUAUAUGUGUGUUUAUGCACGUGUAUGCCAACACAUACAUAUACAGUUUGUUCAUAGCUGCCUCCUCCCUGCCCUGAUUGUACAACCUUAGCCAUAUAGCGAGACAUCUUCAAAUGGUUUAAUGUACUAAAGCAUGAUGUCAACGGAGACUAUGUCCUGUUUGUUUUUCUUUAUAUUCUUGUAAAAAAAAAAAUAUUUAUUUUUAAUGAGCAUAUCUGUUAGUGUUGUUGAUGCCAUGAGCCAACAGAGUUUUUUUCUGUUCAUAAUUGUGUAGCAAUUCCUUUGUGGUUCAAGAGUUUACAUAUUCCUUGGUUAGCCAUGUGUACUAUAGUGCGCUGCCAGCCAGUGUGUAUAGACAAGAGCAUUUAGGAAAAGCCACUUUUAUUGCUGAACACACAAACAUAAAGAAAACAUUGUUAUGCAAGGUUCUGCACAAUAAUAUAUUGAUUUGGUUAUGUUCAUCUCCAGUUCCCACAGAGCACUCUGAAUGCAAAUCCAUUUCUCACAUUGUUCUCACAGCUGGCAGUAAAAGUUUGACUGAGCCACGAAGAGAUUUAAUAAUCUAGAAACUUAAUCCUGCUCUUCUUGAACAGGAUACAAAGUUGUUGAGUUAGUGACAGCAUUUCUUGCUGCAGGUUUGGGAUUAAACGACUGAAUGCAUUGGCUCGCCAUUCGGAGCAAGUGUUCCUCUGAGAUAUGAUGAACCUUCUCUUGUCAUCUGCUUCUACUUCCAGAUGGCCUUUUUACAGACUAUUAAAGGGUUUGUUGGAUGGUUUAUGGAGCCAUGUUGGUUUAAGUUUGUGCAAUGCUGACCUUAUGUACCAAGGAUAAGAGCAAUGAAAAUGUGAUAAAUGCUUAAAAAUGUAGGUUUUUAUGAAAAAUAGUCAAUUCUUUUGAGCACCAAUACCAACCCAAGGGAAUUUAAAAUAGCUGAAGUAUAACGUGUUAGUUGGAAACCUGUUUGAUAUGGCCAUCAUGAGCAGAUGUGAGAGAGGUCUGUCUUGUGGUGUAAUGUCCUUGUUUAGCCAGUGUUUGAUGUUGGGAUGGUUUCUGGAUUACAAAGAUUUGUAUUGGCCUGGGUAUGAUUUGGAAUUUUUAGAAGUGUAAAUAUUGUGAAAUAGUUGCCUAUGACUUUGAAGGUGGGGUGAUUUUUUUUUUAUUUGUAAAAUGGCAAGCCUCUGCUGAAGAAUGUCUGAGAUUCUCUGCACUGCAGGUCUUUUGUUUAUGGAAAUAAAUAAGUGAUGGACUCAAUUCAA